UUGAAAUUAUUCUUUCGGAAAAAAUCAUCACAAAAAAAAUGGAAAUAUUAUAUUAAUAUUCAUUAAUCAUCAUUAAUUUUCCAUUUUUUUGAUAUUGUUUUAGUGUAAAAUUGUUUGUAAAAAACUAGACUAAUAAAAAUGGGAGAGAAAGCAGCACCACAACAGGUACCAACAGACCCUUUUCGUCAUCCUCUUGCUCGAUAUUUAGCUUAUGCCGAUGAAAUUGGAAAUGCCGUUACGACAUAUGGGCCAUGUGGGUUAACGAAAUACAUGAGAUAUUUUCCUACCAUAACACAUACAUACAUAAUAAUGGAUACACUUUCAAAAGGGAAAAAAGCUUAUAAUUUAAAGAAUAAUCCUCCAAAGGAAGAGAAAAAAGAUGAAAAAGAAGACAAUAAAGAUGAUAAAAAGAAAAAAGGGAAAGAUGACAAGAAAAGCAAAGAUAAGAAAAAGGGUGAUGAUAAAGGUGGCGAGCAAGAUCAGGAAGACAAGCCACCUGAACCAACACCGCCUCCAAUACUUGCAGCUUUAGAUCGAUAUGGUUGGCACAUGCUUGCGUCAGUCGUUAUACCAAGAUACACUUUAAGACAAGUGCAUUGUGGUUUAGAAGUAUUCGCAGAUUUCUUAAGAUUAUGUAGACCAGUUCGAACUUACUUCACAACUGCAUUAGCUUUAGCAUCAAUACCGCUCAUUAUUCGACCCAUUGAUGCAAUAAGUGAUCAUAUUAUGGAUAUGUCCUAUCGAACAGUUUUUGGUACUCCAAAAUCUGAAGAAAAUAAAGACGAGAAAAAAGACGAGGAAAAAUGACUUUAUGUAUCGAACUCAGGCUACGGUUAUGACCAAGCUUGUAGUUCGUCAAGACUCAUUUGUUUUAUUAAAUAUCUUCUCUCCCUAUAUUUUUAGCAAA